AUGUCUUGCAGAAAAAUAUCUGUGUGGAUUAUCGUCCUGAGCCUUAGUCUCUUUGAAUUAACACCAGCUAUCGGUGGAGGAUACCAGCUUAAGAUCAAUCAUCCAGAUGGAUCGGCUUUUCGACGGGAAUCGGUAAUCGAGGAUGCUGAGGGAAAUUCACAGGUCGAAGGCGAGGUCCGACAAAUGUUUCCUGCUCCUUAUGGAGGACGGUUAGUUCUCUUCUAUAAAACCGGAUCAGAGGGAUAUAGGAUACGAUAUUCCUAUGAGGCAGGCAGUGAGAAUUCUUUAAUGCCGAUUUUAGCAAGGAACGAAACAUUCUCCAUAAAAAGAAUCGGAGUAAACGCUCUGAAGUCGACAGCAGGUUGA